AGAAUUAAGCUACUAAUAUCAAAGAAUUUUUCUGAGCGUAGCGGUAGCUUUUGGAGUUCUCUCACGCAGGCAGUGUCGCACUGGUGCCUUUUUAGGGCUGACAGGAUUUAUGCAGCACAAUGGUCAGCAUCAUUCCUGCCCGAUUCCAGCCCUCCCUCCGCGGAAGAUCGGCAACGUCUGUCCUGGCCGGGCUCGGGGAGCCUGGGACUGCGCGGAAUCUUUCCCCAGCGGGUGCCUUUGCUUUUUGCACAAGAGAUGCCUCUCUUUGAAGCGCUGUUCCCAGGCUCUGCCGUGUGCGAGGCGCGGGGGCGGGCCGGGGAGGGGCUGCGGGCUCGGACACCGGGGCGGCGGCGGGCACUCGCGCCGGGCCGCAGGAGCAGCGGCACCCAUGCCCGAGCAAGCAGUUGCUGUGGCUGGAGGUAUAAUAGGAGGGAUCCUUUUAUUUGUUCUCCUUGGAAUUACUGCAUAUCUGCUCUGGAAAAAAAAUUGCCGCCUUUUUUCUUAUGAAAAGCUCAUCAAUCCCGUCAAAACAACAAAUGCAAAUGCCAUUUUCCAAGAUCAGGCAAAAUCUGAAAUUCAACGAAAAAGCACAAGAUCCAGAAGUGUUCCAUUUAUCAUUCCACCAACACUGCAUGGGCGAGACUGGAUUCACCUGACAAAUGAAGAACAGGUUCAGGAAGACAGGGACCCCUUCAUGACCCCUCAGUCUGGGCCACGGUCAUCAUUUCAUUCUUUGGCUGGAGCUUAUGUUGUAGGGACCAUUAACCCAGAUCUGUACAAGUUUCCUGAAGACAAAAGCGAAACAGAUUUUCCUGAUGGCAGCAUUGGCCGCCUCUGGUUCUCCAUAGAAUACGAGCAAGAGUCAGAAAGGCUCCUCGUCUCCUUGAUCAAACUCAGAAAGCUGCAGCCUCCUGCUGACUCCUGCAGUCCAUUUGUGAAAAUCUACCUGCUGCCUGAUGAAAGAAGCUACCUGCAGUCCAAAACAAAACGGAAAACUCUUAACCCACAGUUUGAUGAAAACUUUGUUUUCCAGGUUUCUAGUAAAAUGUUGCUCCAAAGGACACUAAAGUUUUUGGUUUAUCGUGUUGAUAAGCAGAAGAAGCAUCAUCUCUUAGGCCAAGUUAUAUUCCCACUAAAAAAUGAAGCAUUAACUGAGGACAACAAACUAGUCAUAUGGAGAGACCUGGAGAAAGAAAACUUGGAGCCUCCUUCAGAGCACGGUGAUAUCCAGUUCUCCCUGAGCUACAAUGACUACCUGGGCCGUCUCACUGUGGUGGUUCUGAGGGCGAGGGGAUUAAAGCUCCAGGAGGAGAGCCCUGCUGUUGGUGUGUAUGUCAAAGUCUCACUAAUGAACCAUAAUAAAUUCAUCAAAAGUAAAAAGACAGCAGCUCUUCUGGGAACUCCCAAUCCUGUGUACAAUGAAACCUUCAGUUUCAAGGCAGAUCAGACAGAGCUGGAUACAGCAAGCCUGAGUCUAUCUGUGCUCCAGAGUAACAAAGGAGAAAAAACACUUCUGCUGGGACGAGUAGUAGUUGGGCCUUUCAUGUACACACGUGGCAGAGAACUGGAACACUGGAAUGAGAUGAUCAGCAAGCCCAAGGAGCUGGUUAAACGAUGGCAUGCUCUCUGCCACAGCACAUGAACAGCACUGAGAAAAAAAACAACCUUAACAUGGAAAAGCUCUUACUAUCUUUCUCAUCUAAAGGGUACAAAAAUCUUUGCUAAGAUUUUGUACCCGAAUAAGAAAAGAAUAAAUUAAAUUAUUUCCUUGACCAAACACAAAUAAAAGAUUUGGUCCCUGAUAGGCUGGGAGUCUCUCUUUCGUCUCUUCAAAAUAUAUGUUAAAUUAACAAGCAGCUGAGCAAAUAAAACAGCCAAAUGUGA